CUCAGCUGGCCCUACUGGCUGGAGUCCCGAUGUGCGAUUGGCGGUGGUCUGAUUGUGGAUUGUGGUGGUGGAGCGUCGCUCUAUUGUAGUCUGGUGCUGCUCCGUGUUACCUAGAAGGUGACAUCUAAAAAAAACCGCGUUAUCCUGCGAGCGAUGAAAGAAUGAUCAGAGAGAACACUGCUCGCAUAGCGCAGCAAAAACUCCCGUUUCCACGGUGUUGACAUGAAGAAAGACAUAGAGGUUCUGGUUGCAGAGGAAAGAGCAGCAAUCAUCUCUAAAUAUGAUAAGGGUCGUGAUGCAGACGUGGAGAUCGAUCCCUGGGAGGAUGCAGACUACAGCAUAUACAGAGCCACAGAUCGCUUUGGUUUCCUUCAUGAAGAGGAGCUACCCACACCAAGUGCACUUGAGGAGAAGCAAAAGCAGCAGGAGGUUGUUCGGGCGCAGAAAUGGCUGAAGAUGGUGAACAAAUGGGACAAGUACAGGAACAGUGACCGAAUGGUACGACGGGUGUACAAGGGGAUUCCCCAGCAGCUCAGAGGGAAGGUCUGGUCUCUUCUUCUGGAUGUGGAGAAAGUAAAGAAUGAAAAUGCUGGCAAAUAUGAAAGCAUGUGUCAGCAAGCCAAGCACUUCUCUGCUGAGAUCAAGCAGAUUGAUCUGGACAUCAACAGAACAUUCAGAAACCACAUCAUGUUUAUGGACCGAUUUGGGGUCAAGCAGCAGUCUCUUUUCAGCGUGCUCUCUGCGUACUCCGUCUAUAACACGGAGGUGAGUUACUGCCAGGGCAUGAGUCAGGUUGCUGCCAUCCUGCUGAUGUUCCUGAAUGAGGAGGAUGCUUUCUGGGCCCUGUCACAGCUGCUGACCAAUCAGAAGCAUGCCAUGCAUGGUUUCUUUGUCCCUGGCUUUCCGAAGCUUCAGCGUUUCCAGUCACAUCAUGAUCAGAUUCUCUCCAAGCUGCAGCCCAGACUCAAGAAGCACCUGGACCGUGAACAGAUGACCAGUGGGAUUUACAGCACUAAAUGGUUUCUGCAGUGCUUCAUCGACAGAACGCCAUUCACUCUGACACUGCGUCUGUGGGACAUCUUCAUUCUGGAGGGUGAGAAAGUUCUGACCGCCAUGGCUUACACCAUCCUACGCUUGCACAAAAAGCGUCUGCUGAAAAUGCCUUUGGAGGACCUGCGAGAGUUUCUGCAGGAGACCAUCUCCUCGUCCUUCCUUAUGAGCGAUGACAUGGCCAUCGAGCAGCUACAGGUGUCCAUGUCGGAGCUGCGCAAAAUGAAGCUGGACCUGCCCCCUCCAGCUAAGCCAGAGGAGCUUCCACGUAAGCCGCUUGGCCUGGAGCUCCCCCUGCUGUUGACUCCAGUGAUGCCCGUCAAAGGGAGCCCAUCCUGGGAAGGUCCAGACGGCGGUGCCCCUCACCACUCCAUCCAGCAGGACUCCAUCACUCCUCACGGCAGCUCGCCCACGGAGGAGAAGUCCCAGCAGAGGAUUGUGGGUAAAGAUGGCGGCAGCCCCUCGCCGCUGCCCUCCCCGGACCCCGUGCUCAUACACAGCCAAGCCCCCCAGGGGGAGUGGCCCCCUCCUCCGUACGCGCCGCCGGACAGUGACAUCAUCACGGACCCGUCGGACAGCAAGGGGUCGUGUGAGCUGCCGAAACCCCAGCCACCCCCGUCCCCCAUCCGUAGCCCCUCCAGCGUCUCACAGUACGAGAACCUGCCCGAGGGGUCCCCACCCGUCACAGACCCCCACCGGAUCCGAAAGGGCGUCCCCUCGGUCCGGUCCUCCCCUCACCUCCCCCUCAGGGACAACUCCAGCCCCCCGCUGCCUAAGUCUAAAUCUCUCAGCUUCUAGCACAGCAGACUGGCGGCCAUUUGACAUUUCAGUCCGGUAGUAGAUGAACAAGGAUGUGAAUCAUGCACCCAACACAAUGAAUAUGAAUUGAAGACAGCCAUGUCCAUGCUUUAUAGGGAUUGUGCACUUAAAAAAAACAGCUAGAAGUGUAUCAGUUCCUCAUGAUGGUCAGUGUUUAGGUCAGUCAUAUGUCAAACAUGUGAUAGACGUAUCUUGAAGAUCUGUGGCUUCUUAGCAUCUUUGUGCUGAUUUAAUUUAUGCUAAUAUGUAAAUUUGUACUACAAUGUGUCUAUGUUGCUUUUGAAAUGUUAUUGGCCUUUAGCAAGUAAUAUCUAGACUCCUGCUCAGAUUGUUGUGAAGAAACAUUUGUAUUUGUACAACAUUUGUACAACAGAGCUGAUAGGCUUCAAUUGAAUUUGUCUUAAUAUCACCCAGUGUUCUCAGAAAGUGGGGUAUGAAAUAGGAAUUAAGUCAUAGUGGGGUACAUCACCUUGACCAAUCUGAUCAGGCUAUCUGGUCACAUGGUUAGGUCAAAACUAUGGGAAAAGCUUGUUAAUAUGGGCUGGACCCAAACAUCUUUGUAACCUCUAACUAUUGGUCUGGUACAUUAUUUCAGAAGCGCCUCUGUGAAGUGCACUGGGCUGAGUUGUGUCUGUGGCUGAUUGUGAUCUUACGAAUGAGGCUCCUAUUAUGACACAUGACAGAGGUCCCUCCUCAUCCUGUACCUCUAAAUGACACAUGACAGAGGUCCCUCCUCAUCCUGUACCUCUAUAUGACACAUGACAGAGGUCCCUCUUCAUCCUGUACCUCUGCUCUCUGUCCUGUAUCUCAAGUUCUUCAUAAUGGGAUGUGAAGUUCUGCGCAUGGAGAAAACCCCUCAAAUCUACAGUGCAUGUUUCUUUUACCUUCAGAGACAACGGAGUGAGCUGCGGCUUAAGGUGUUAAGGUGUCUCUACAUCAGGUGCUCGCAGGUAUUUCUGCCUGAGGAACUUCUGGACAAGCUUUUAUUUAGGGCUAUUUAGGUACUACUUAGCAGUGCACAUAUCACAAUGCUGUUGUCGAUGAUGUCUAAACUCUGUAAUAAUGUAGGCCUACCUUUCCUGUUGCCUCCCUGUAUCACCACAGUAAGGAUUCUCUUCCUCUUUUUUCUUUCUUUCUUUCUUUCUGUGGCUUUCUUUCACUCUUUCUCCUUGUCUCCCCUAGCCUGACGAGCCAGACGCACAUUAAAA